CAGCUGAACUGGAGUUUGUUCAGAUUGUCAUCAUUAUCCUGGUGAUGACAGUGAUGGUAGUGGUGAUCAUCUGCCUGCUCAACCACUACAAGCUCUCCACCUGGUCUUUAAUUACAAGGCAGAGCCAGGCCCGCAGGCACAAUCAUGCGCUGCAUCAGGACAGGUGUCUGUGGCCUUCAGAGCCUGGCUCUCAACAAGGUGCCUCUGAGGUAUUAUACACUCCCCAGACAAGGGAUCGUUUUACUGCUCCCUCCUUUAUGCAGCGUGACCGAUUCAGCCGCUUUCAGCCCACCUAUCCCUACUUGCAGCACCAGAUUGACCUUCCGCCCACCAUAUCGCUGUCGGAUGGCGAGGAGCCCCCACCAUAUCAGGGACCCUGCACACUGCAGCUCCGUGACCCUGAGCAGCAGAUGGAGCUCAACCGCGAGUCAGUACGGGCGCCACCGAACAGGACCAUCUAUGACAGUGACUUGAUCGACAUGGGAGGAGGUGGGAGUCUGGGUGGCAUGGUAGGUGGAGGGAUAGGCAUGGGAGGUGGUGGUCCGAGGCCGCCCAGCAGUAACACGGGUAUAAGUGCAGCCAACUCCAGCAGCCAUGGAUGCAUAGAGGGCCCCCCACCGGCAUACAAUGAGGUGAUGUGCCACUACCCUGGCUCUGCAUUCUUUCUACACCAGCACAGCAAUAACCCAAGGUUGGGGGUAGCAGGGAGCAGUACGAUCCCACAGCAGAGCCAAUCAGAAAGCACAAUAGUACCUACAAAGGCCAAAGACAGCCAGCCAGAGGACCUGUUGUGAAUAAAGGGCCAGCAAAGGAGGCUUGGCCACCCACCCCAGACGGAGAUAUUCCUCUCCACUUCACCCCUGAUUAUCAAUAAGUGGUCUUGCUCUCUGUCUCCCAGAUGUCCUCCUUCCCCACUUUCAUGCACAAAUAAAUAUCAACUUUAGCUAAAACUAAACAAGGAAUGUGAGGAACCAACAGUUAAAGCAGGAUAUAUGUACUGCGUGAAGACUUUUUUUCUCUUCAACAUAUAAGAAAAGAAAUAUACUGCUAGCAUAGAUUGAAACCAUUUGCUUUGUUUGUCCCUUCGGGUGAUGGAUCCAUCUUUGGGAACUGAAAAUUAUGAUUUUCACAUUUGUUUUCUAUUUUUUAAUUUGAUUCUUUUCUUUCCUCUUUUUCCGACCUGUACACAAAGCGAGAGCUUAGGUGAGAAUUAAGGACAUGCAGAGACCACAACAAAACCAGAGCCUCACAUACGCAAACCUUAGUGCCAAGGUUCAUAAGGAAACAAAGCAAAAGGUGGAAAUUACUCAUAAUGACAUUGAAAACACAAACAAGAAAAGUUGCACUAUCCUUUUGCUGUUAACGUGAAGAGGGAAACUAUGGUAUGUGAUGUAUCAUUCUGAUGUUUUUGUUUAGUUUAGUUUUUUGUUUUUUUUCUCGGGGUUUUAUUUUGUCCUUUAUAUGAAUUGACUUACUGAACUUAUGCUCCAAAGGAGCAAAAAACUAAAACCAACCACAAGUAUUAUAAGCUUAAAUCCUUCCUUUGAAGACCACAAGAAAUGCUUGUACCCAGCCUAUGACAUCUCUGUCGGCUGACACUACAGGCACAGCGAGACUUAGUAAGAGAAUAACCUUGUAGUGCUUCAUGUCUUAGUACACUUCAGCUUCAUGGGGAUGGAAUCUGCUGUGUAACCAGCUGCUGGUUGGACAAAACAUUUCUGGAUUUGAAGAUGGCUUUCCUGAGCCAGAGUAAACUCAAAGAUCGAUGAGACCUGCUUGGUGAGACCCAACAUGCCAUACCAACACGUGGUUAAUCUGGCCAGCUGGUUGGAUAUCAACCAAACCCAAAAUAUCUGUCUGUCCAGCAGCCUGGUCAUAGCAGAUAUGUCUUUUCUCAACCCUGUCCUGACCUCUGAGCACUUGACACUUCCUCUUUCCAGUUUCCUGCAUCUAUAACUCCCCCUACCCCCUUGACCUCCUCUCCUCUCAUCGUGGCAUGUGUUAUCUGCCGACAUCCACAUUGAAACUCGAACCUUGCCGCCAUAACAACAUAAACACAAAACAACAAAAAGAAAAAAGUUACUUCAAGUCCUUUAUGUCACAAAAAACAAGACGUCACAAAGUGAAGAUUCCUGUUUGCAUGGCAAUCUGGUUUUAGAUGAAAAUUGUCAGAGGUUAAAGUUAAAAGGGCUAUGGGAGGGAUUGUUUUGGUAAAAAACCUUUUUAUGAAAAUCUAGCCAUUUUCUCUACUCAUCGUUGCCUUCUCUGCUCUUUUUUGUUUCUUGCACUCUUUACCCCUCUGCCCCAACCCCCAAAAUACAUCCCAGCUUUAUAACAGUGUUCAUCAUCCAAUCUUUUCAUCCAUGCAUAGAAAAGGUGCGUGCAAAUGAUGAGAGGUCCACUGAAGCCCUUUAAAGCAGACUGGAGUGGAAUCCUUGUUUGGCAGUGUGCUUUUGCUGUCUUCUCUGUAUCUGCUUCUCUUUGUCUGGUUGCGUGUGUGUGUGUGUGUGUUCUUGUUGGUCAAACCUUUCAACAACACAGAAAAGCACUUAAUUCUUCUGCAGGAGCCAUGUGUGUGUGUGUGCAUGAAAGCAUGAUUUAUUAAUCAACUUUGAGUUUAGCGAGUCAAGGACAUAUUACUUAUUAUUUGGCACUGUCCAUGUUAACCAUUAUCAAUUAAGCUUUCAUUAGAAUUCAGUUGAGUGUCUCUUCAAAAAAAUCAUAGAUGCACUAUGGUUAUUAAUGUAGGAUGGAAGUGACCUCAGUGUAAAAGUUUAAACAAAGGGCACUCAGUCUUCCCACAGGCUCACUUAAAGCUGCACAGUAAAAACAAUGUAAACUUAUCAAACUGCAGCUGUAGAGACGGAGACUACUUAAACAGGAACAAAACAUAAGAACUAAAUCUUGAGGAAACUAGAAAAUUAGAGGAGAAGGCUAGUGUUUUAUUCUAAAUGUCAACAAAUCUCAUGAAAACGCAAAGUAAGCUUAACUUUUGGUGACUUCUGUGCGCUGCCUGUGGCUAUCAACCCCAGGACCAUUGAUUCUUACUGAAGACUUUUAAUGCUAUUAACUUGUGAUCCACUUCCUGAAACAGGUGGGUUUCAAUCCGAUCCCCACAUAUACUGUACAACCACCUUUUUCACUUCAUAAAAUCCAAUGUCAAGCACAAAUCAUAAAGGUACAUUAAUUUGUUAUCAUUUGAAUUUAAUACAUGCUGCGGGUAAAAACAGCACAUAUCUCAGUUUACUCCAAAGGUGUUUCCAUAAUAAUGGAGAUGAGGAAAAAGUAUUUAGUCAGUGCCUGAUUCUGUUAUCGUGUGUGUGUGUGUGUAUGUGUGUGUGUGUAUGUGUGUGUGUGUGUUACUACGUCACUGCUGCUAUUGUUCUUGCUGCUACUGCUACUAUUGUUGCUUCUGUUGCUUCUUAUGUCCCUCCCCUAGUUCCCUCACUUAUAAUUGAGAGAAAUCUGACUGUCUGCAGUAAAAUGCACAAGUAUUGAGAGUAUCUUUCAGAACAUUUUGUUAAACAGAUAGGUCUGGGAGAAGAGACCCAACACUUGCCCUUUGUCUACACAGACCUUCUUUCUUCCAUCACUUUUCUUCCUUCAUUCUGUUUUCUCAGCUUUUUCUAAAUUAAAUUUUAUGUUUUCUACGAGGAGGUUUGCUUGUUACUAUUAUGUGAAUAAAUAAGGUGCCUAAUGUUCAUGUUUGAGAAGACCACACCUUGGUGAAACUACUGCUUGGAAUCCUUAUAGGUGCUUAAUGUGAGGGCUGACCGUCAGCCUGUCUGGCAGACUGGAACAAACACUUGAGAGGGAGGGUUGGUUAAGAUUACCAAAAAAAUAUAAUUUCCAUCUCUUUGUAAAGCAGUUCCAGUGCUGACAUGAUUUCUUGGAGUGUGGAGUGCUUUUCCAAAAUUUCUUAUUCACUUCUCAAGCUCCUCCAUGAUUAAAGACUGAAUCUUACCACAGAACCAGUACUCUGUGUGUAUGUUUGUGUGUGUGUUUGUGUUUCCACGUCAACAGAAUAACAACCAGCAGCUCACCCUUGAACAUUUUUUUAAUCUCUAAAUUGUGACCAGAUUUACUAACAAUGUUUACAAAGCAUGUUUCCAUUGUGCCGGACAGGAGUGGUGGUUCCCAGUGAAGCAGCUUAAGCCAUUUCAUUCAGUAACAGGCCACGUGUGGAGCAAACAUUGGAACCCACUUGCACUCAAAAAGCUCCCACCUUCGUUGUGCCUCACUUCUAACGGUGCUUUUUUCAGUAGUCUGUCUUUCUUUGUGUUUAUUUGUAAGGUGCUGUAUAUAACUUGAAUAUAUUAUGCACAUAUCCUACCCAAUGGGUAGAAACCACAAAUAAAUUUGUGAAUAAUGUAAUAUAAUGUAUAGACAAUAUAAGUAUUUUAA